CUGGAAGCUGCAAAACAAUUACGGAAGGUAACAAAAAUAUUGUCGUUGAGAAACAGGAGAGUGCGUUGAUUGUGUAUCUUACUGGAAUAUCUAAUUAUUUAUGAGAAUUAAUCGAGGAAAGACCUUGAUGAUAAGACUAUUUCUUGUGAAAUAAAGUCUCUGACACAUCACAUGACAGUUGAUUGGAAGUGGAGCAAGUGGGAAGGGCCGAGUGUUAUAGAAGUGCAGUGUAAAUAUAUAAAAAAAUCAAUUGUUAUUUUCUUUACAAAUUCGAAAUGAUUGGAUGUAUGUUCAAUAUUGAUGCUGGUUACUUGGAAGGCCUCUGUAGAGGGUUCAAAUGUGGAAUUUUGAAACAGGCAGAUUACUUGAACUUAGUGCAAUGUGAAACUCUUGAAGAUCUGAAGUUACAUCUUCAGGGCACAGAUUAUGGAAGCUUCUUAGCAAAUGAACCAAGUCCACUCCAAGUGUCUGUCAUCGAUGAUAAGCUGAGAGAAAAAUUGGUUAUCGAAUUUCAGCACAUGAGACAUCAUGCAGUUGAACCAUUGUCCACUUUUCUGGACUAUAUUACGUACAGCUACAUGAUAGAUAACAUCAUUCUUCUUAUCACUGGAACCUUACACCAGCGACCAAUAUCAGAAUUGAUCCCAAAGUGUCACCCACUCGGGAGUUUCGAACAGAUGGAGGCUAUUCAUGUUGCUGCAACACCUGCAGAACUAUACAGUGCAGUCUUGGUUGACACACCACUAGCUCCGUUCUUUGUGGACUGCAUCAGUGAACAAGAUCUUGAUGAAAUGAAUAUAGAAAUAAUACGAAACACCCUGUACAAGGCAUACUUAGAAGCAUUCUACUCUUUCUGCAAAGAACUUGGUGGUACAACAGCUGACACUAUGUGUGAAAUUCUUGCUUUUGAAGCAGAUAGACGAGCAAUUAUUAUUACAAUAAAUUCAUUUGGCACUGAAUUAACAAAGGAUGAUCGUGCCAAACUGUAUCCUCGUUGUGGGAAGCUACAUCCUGACGGUCUAGCUGCUUUGGCACGUGCAGAUGACUAUGAACAAGUAAAAGCUGUAGCUGAAUACUAUGCUGAAUACAGUGCUUUAUUUGAAGGUGCAGGGAACAACCCAGGAGAAAAAACACUGGAGGACAAAUUCUUUGAACAUGAGGUACGAUUGAAUGUGAAUGCAUUUUUACAACAGUUCCACUUUGGUGUGUUCUAUUCGUAUUUGAAACUGAAGGAACAGGAAUGUCGUAACAUUGUAUGGAUUGCAGAAUGUGUUGCCCAGAAACACAGGGCAAAAAUUGAUAACUACAUUCCAAUAUUCUGAGACAAUUUCCACUACUGUAAUAUAUUUAAAAGUUAUGUGCUGAAGACCAGUGAUAUGUCUUCACUUAGUGUGUAAAAACAAAACCUGACUUUUCGUUGCGUGUGUCACUCUUUUUAUUUGGUAACUCAUUAAAUUAUGCAAUAAUAAAGCGUGCAUAAAGUACACCAUGAAUUUGUAAAUAGAAUUGUCAUAUUGUUUCCCACAUCCUUUCACAGUAAAGUAUUAUGGGCUGGGGUAUAUAAGGGCAAUAGGUGUAACAAUGUUUUGGUGGAAGUAUAGUGUGUACUGGAUAAUGAUUGUAUAAAAGUAUUAAAAUUGAAAGAAUAUACAUUCUUCAAAUUUUGUAGUGUUUGUAUUUUUUUGCCUUCAAUAGUAAUCGUACACUGUCAUUUAGAGGAACUAUUUCAGUGUCUUAAAUUAGAACAACUCCCAUGUACAUAUUUUGGCAUGUGUUCAGUAUUAAUAUAUAUUGAUUUAUACCAUAGAAGACAUGUUUUUAAGCACAGUAUGUAAAACUGACAUUGUUAAAAAAUAUUAAUUAUUGUAUUAAAUAUUCAUUGUGACCCCAAAUUUUGUACAUAUAGGAUAGUGGUUUACAUAGCAAAAAUGUGACUGCAGAAAAUUUUAUUGUGAUGUAAUAUUUUGUUUCCCAGUCUGUGUUGUACAUUCCUGUUAUUACAGACGCAUGUGUCAUAUACCUGUACAUCAUGUAAUAUUUGUGUGUGUGUGUGUGUGUGUGUGUGUGUGUGUGUGUUAAAGCCACAGAUUGUACAAACUAUGUAUUAUCCAAGAAAUACAGUUUUCUUCACAAAUCA